AUGACUACUUUUCUAAACAAAGUUGAGCAGUUUGCUAAUUUAGCGAAAUCGCGAAAUUUAUUUCUUGCGAAAAAAAUUGUUCCUUACAAACCUCAAAAGACUGAACUUGAAGAAAUGAUUAAAGAUGAAGAUUUUGAAAAAUUUAAUUCAAUUCUUAUCAAAAAUCCAGAUAUCGUAACAAUGAGAGAUGAAAUUGAAAAUACACUAUUGAUGGAAGCUGCAUAUCACAACAAACCAUCAAUAGUAAAAUGUUUAAUUGAUGCUGGUAGUGAUGUGUAUGCUGUGGAUAGAGAUAAGUGUAAUGCAUAUCACUAUAGUGCAAUUUAUGGUCAUCAUAAUGUUUUAAAAGUUUUAAUUAAUCAUGACGUCACAAAUAUUAACAACGUAGACUGUGAUAAUGACACGCCAUUACAUGUUGCAUCAACAGAAGGACAAAUUGAAUGUGUUAAGUUACUGCUAUCGAUACCAGCUAUUGAUGUGAACAUACGAAACAAUGACAAUAAAACAGGUUAUGGUGUUGCUGAUAAUGUCCUUAUUAAACGUUUAUUUAAGAAACAUAAAAACUGUUUUUACCGUGCAAUAAAAAGCUGCUCUGGAAUCGCAAACAUCUUUAUCAUUUUCUUCUUUUCGAAAUUAUCAUCCGUCUUAUGGCAAGUACGAUUCGCCAUAUCUAUACUGUUAUUUUGGCCUGUUAUUCCAAAUGGUGUCCGAGUAGCGAUGGCUCAUGUGAUGUUAAUGUAA